AGAUAAAUAAAAAAAACAAGCGAGAUAAAUGCUCUUUCCAAAUUGUGGUUGAUAGUUCAUCAGUUUGAGUUCGUGUGUCAUCUUAGUGUGUGUAUAGUGUUAGCACAAAAUGGGGGUCGUAGUACUAAUCGCCCUGGUUGGUCUGGUACUGUUCCUUUACCGACAGUAUCGCAUAUUUCAAUUUUGGCGCAAGCUAUCGGUGCCCUACCAGACGCCUAUUCCGAUAUUUGGUAACAUGCUGCCAACGACUAUUCAAACAAAGGCACUGGCCAACAUCCACAAGGAAAUAUACGACAAAUACCACGACCACAGGUACGUGGGGUUGUACAUGUUCAGUUGCCCUAGCUUGAUGAUUCGCGAUCUCGAGCUUAUAAAGCAAGUUUGCAUUAAGGAUUUCAACUACUUCAGCGACCAUCGCCAGCUUUUACCCAAGAAAGCCGAUCCGUUCUGGAAUAAGCUGCUGUUCGCGAGGAAAGGUCGUGACUGGCACGACUACCGUGUAAUAAUGUCCCCCGCCUACUCACAGACCAAAACGAAAGUGAAGUACCCUUUCAUGUCCAAGUGUGCGCAACGACUGGUUGAAAGCCUUCCUAAAAGUAAAGAAACGGUCACCGUGGACGCCUACGAAAUGUUCUUAAAGUUCUCCAACGACCUGACCCUCAACCACGCGUACGGGAUCGAAGUCAAUUCAUUCGACGAGUCCGGCAGCGAGUUCUACAGGAUGGCCCAAAUUUCAUUUUUGUCAGCGAAAAUGGCGGCGUUUAAGUACUUUGGAGCGGCCAUAAGCACAACUUUCUCACAUAUGUUCAAAAUUACGUUCUUCAAAGACGAAACAAAGCAAUUCUACAUGAAGCUCAUGAAGGACACAGUGGAGUAUCGAGAGAAGCACAACAUCGUACAUGUCGACGUACUUUACUUACUCAGAGAAGCGCAAAAGGGCAGAGUGCACCUUGACAACGAAACCAAAGGGGUCGGGUUACAGGGCGAAGACAUGGGUGACAAUUACGUCCCUCCCAAAAUAACGGAUGAAGAUAUACUGAUUCAGCUGCUGGGAUUAUUCCUUGCCAAUUUCGAAUCAUUUGCAACCUUCAUUAGUAAUCUCGCCUUCGAAUUAGCGGUUAAUCCCGAUGUGCAAGAGAAGCUCAUUGAAGAAAUCGAUGAGACGUGGCGCCAAUGUAACGGAAACAUCACCUACGACUAUCUAAUCAAUAUGAAAUACUUCGAGAUGGUUUGCAAUGAGGGUCUCCGUUUGAGAAGCCCCACGAACUUCCUGGAUCGCAUCGUCACCAAACCAUACACGAUACCGCCGGUGCUGCCGCACGAAAAACCUCUGCAUCUCGAGGUCGGCCAAGACAUUACGAUUCCGGUUUACUCCAUCUCUCAUGACGGGAACUACUUUGAGGAUCCCGAGAAGUUCGACCCGGAACGGUUUAACGACGAAAAUAAAGACAAGCUUAUUCCUGAGACUCUCCUUGGGUUAGGUUACGGUUCCAGAUUUUGUAUUGGUGCGCGCCUAGUGCCGUUCCAGACCAAACUGGUUCUUUUCCACCUUCUCGGUAAGUACAGGCUGGUCCCGACUGAGAAGACGGUGAUUCCCUUCGAAUUACAUAAGGCCAGCUUUUCGCAGUUUAGCGCUAAUGGAUACUGGCUCGGGUUAGAACCACGGAAGGAUGCUCCAAAGUUGUAGUAGGCUAUUGGCGACUGUAGUACUCCACUUGAUCAGGUUCCCAUUAUACCAGUAUACUGUGAAAAUACAAAUUAUUUGCGCAAUUAAUAAACCAUUACCAAUUUCUAGAUUGCUUAA